UGCCUCAUAAGUGGGGAACACCUGGAAGGAAGCAUGCGCUACGUGCCCAAGGAACCACCGGCUCCAAGAACAUCUGAGCUUGUGGUCCGAGAUAUGCAGCUUUCCUUGAGAUUGGGGAUCACCAUAAAUGGAAUCAAGGGUCCUUCUCCGCUAAUGAAUCUACCAGGAUUUGAUCUUGUGGCCGGAGUGAGCGUCGAGUAUAUGCACGCCGUUCUUCAAGGAGCAGCAAAGCAGUUUACAGAACUGCUGCUUUCUUCAUCCAACUCUCAAAAACGGUUCUACAUAGGAGCACCAUCCUGCGUGGCACGGGUCAACAGCCGCCUCCUCCAGAUCAAGCCACCACACUGUGUGACAAGGCUGCCUCGUUCACUCAACGAGCGCAGUUUCUGGAAAGCGUCAGAGUGGAGACUCUGGCUUCUGUUUUACGCUCUUCCUUGCCUCGUGGACAUUCUGCCUCUGGAGUAUUGGAAACAUCUCUCCAAGCUCUCGCAAGCAAUACACAUCUUGCUACGUGAGACCAUCACAGCCGACGAGAUCAAGCGUGCAGAAAAUCUGCUGAUCGACUUUGUUGGUAGCUGUGAGGCCUUGUAUGGAGUGGCUUCGCUUACGUUCAACGUGCACCAGCUCCUCCACCUGCCAAACUCCGUGCGUCAGUUGGGACCACUUUGGGCUUAA